AUGCCCCCUCCUCCAGCGCUGGCGCCGGAACCAUCAUGGAAACACGUGGUGGAGCUGAAGAUCGAUGCCUUUGAUGCUAAACUCAAUAAUGUCGUCGAUAUCUUGCGCUAUCAACAGCACCUUUUAGCUCAAGGCGGAGGGGUCAAUAACGGCACGCUGCGACCACCACCGCCACCGCUGAUCCUGUCGCUGGACUCAGAAAGAGAAUUGACCCCCUUGGGACUUCCCCCAGCUCAUAAGCGAAGACGGAUAUACCCUUCAGACUUCCGCCAGGGUUUCUUAAGUCGUGAUCAGGCCAACGAGUUAUUCGGCUUUUUCAACGCUAAUAUCGCCCAACAGCUCUUUGGGUUUGAGAUUAAUAAAAUCAGUGUUGACCAAGUGUGGGACCUGUGUCCGCUUUUAGUGUGUGCCAUCAGUGCCAUCGCUUCUAUCCACCACCCAAAGCAUAGCGAUAAGCUGGCUCAAUUGAGAGUUUAUUUACACGAUUUGUGUGGUCUGAUAUUGUUCAAAGGGAAGCCUACUAAUCCUGAAGACGGGUUUAACACGAUAUUGGCGUUGGUGCUCUGUUCGUUCUGGUUGGCCAACUCUCAAAUGUUUACCGGUUUAGCACUCCAGCUAGCCAAAGAGUACGGGUUUGACAAACACACUAACAAGGACUACCUCAAAUUGUGGUACUUGUUAUUCGUGUUGGACGGACAACAGAGUCUUCUGAUGAACCGGGUGCCACUUAUCGAUGGCAACGAGUACACGUUAACCCACUCGAGAGAGCUUUUAGGGGGUCCAACUGGAGUCAACGCCAUUACCCAGGCUCCCAGAACUCAACCCACUGAUGAAGAAGAAGAAGGACAAAAACUGACGGCAGUGGCGGUCACUACGUCUACUACCUUCACUACCACAACUACUAAUGAACCCCAACGGUAUGCCGCUAGUUUCACUGACUUACGUCUCGUAUCGCAAGUCGAAUACAACCAAGCGUUAAACGAAGCGUUCAAAGGUAACGCCUGGGAUCUCAUUGCCCCGUCUCAAUUCGGUAUCCCACUGAAACUGAAUUUGGAGCUUGACAAGUGGAUGGUGCUGUGGACAGUGUUAUUAGCUCCAGGAAACCACGGAGCGGUGUGGCUGCUGAAACUGACGUUAAUCUACUACAAUUUCGCCAAGAUGCUGAUCAAUUCCCAAGCCUUACGCAAGCUCCACAUCAACCCUGUGGACGAGCUGAUGCCGCUGUGGGACGAUAGCGAAGACGACGAGUUCCUCUCCAAUACCUCGACCCUGCGGGAUGGGGCAGUGGUGCUGGCCAAUCUUGCCGUUAGUGCUGCGCAAACAGUGCUUCUGCUUGUGGUUAACGAUAAGGAUAUAUUGGACAACUUGCGUUAUGUCCCCGUCCACAUUCACAUCAUGUUAUACUAUGCUGCCCUUGUGGUGCUUAACCCGCCGUUACAGCUGUCAAACACUGAGGAAACCAUCACUAAGCCUGCUCACUUAAUCACCAUCCUUAAGAAUCUCCGCCUCAUUAAGACUCUUCAAAAGAAGAUUAUGCUUAAUUUACCGGUGGAUACCAAGUUUGGUAAUCGUCUCGUACGCAAUAUCGACGACAUCAUCCGCGCCCGGUUUGACGAAGUGAUGCGUGACGUUGACGGCUUAAACGACGACGACAAGCGCGACGUGCUUGAGCAUGUGGAUGCUCUUCAUGAGAUGAACCACCAACUGUAUGAGGAAGUCCACUCCGGCAGUGAUAAUAAUAGUUCUAGGGGCAGCACCAGUCCAGGACCAGAAAAGAUUCUGGCGUGGCCUGGCCGCAACCACUCCCACCCGUGA